AUACGGAAGUUGACACGGAAGUAGAACAAAACAGCCAGGAAAGCCAUGUGUGCGCGUUAGUUGCUUGUAAAGGCUGAUUUAGCCUUUUGAAUUUAGUGAGAAUCAAUAUUUAUUUGUUCAACUAUCCCUUCUCUGGUCUGUGUUUUCAGAUAAGAGUUGUUAAUGUAAAAAAUCGCCCUCUUUUAAAGUUUGUUUCUGCUUUUUAGAUUUUUAAGUAUCACCUGGCCUGGUUUAUUUUUCAAAACAUUGCAGAUUGUUCCCAGAAAAGAAAAUCUACUUUGACAUGUAUAAGAUAAAUGAGGAAGAUGUUGAUUCAGAUGCUGAUUCGGAUACUCUGACUCCAGAAUGGACGCAGAAAAACCUCAAGCAGCUCAUUGCUUCUCUGAAAGAACACCUCCCAACGGGCAGGAGACCGGAAACGUAUAUCCGAGAAAUGAAGGCUGUAGACUGGCAUAAAGUUGCAUUCUCUCCCUUUUCUGCAGAGGAAUGCCAGGAGAAGUGGAACAGUAUUAUGGUGAAGAUGCGCAGGUACCGCACCCUUCCCGAGCUCCUUGAUGAGGCUGAAGCUCUGCUUUCACACCCUGUCAAUUACAAAACUAUCCACUCAGAGUUGCCCAAACUACCUGUUAAUCCUAAAAUGAAAUAUAUUGCGAAAGAAAUGUCCAACUGUAAGAAUAACCAUCCAGAACUGUCUUGUCCAGAGAUUACAAAGUUAUUGGCCAAGAAGUAUGAUUCCCUCCCAGAUGAGGAGAAGGCUGAAUAUGUGAGGAAACAUUCACUUGAACUUAGUGAAUAUAACAAAAAGAAGCACGACUUCUGUAUUAGCAAUAAACUGCGCCUUCCUAUGAAAAGGAGUUGGAAAAGGAGGUCCAAUAAAAAUGGAGGUGAAGGCUGUAGUAAAGACGAAGAACUGCCUGAGAAGCCGCCUCCACAUGGUCGUGCCCUGUUCCUUAAGGAAUUUUCUAAAGCGAGUGGGCCUUCACUUGGAGCUAACUUUUUGAAGACCUCGAGUCAACGCUGGAGAGAAAUGAGUAAAAAAGAGAAGCAGAAGUACAAUUCACGCUGUGACGAGAUGAAGAAAGAGUAUAAGAACAAACUGCUCAAAUAUCUAGAUCAAUUAGAUGUUGAGGAGAGGCAGCGGAUCAUCAAAGAAAAAAACAUAAAAGUCCCAAAGGCAACUUUGGGUCAUUAUGUGAAAAUGCCGGGCGAGCCUAAGAUGCCCACACACUCUAGAUUUAUCUAUUUUCAUAAAGAGCAGGUAAAAUAUAUUGAUAAGGCCUUGAAAGGAAAGGACCAAAUUCAAAUGAUCAAGAAACAAUGGCAUGAGCUUCCUGAAUCAGAGAGGAAACGUUAUACAAAAAUUAUCAAGGAAGACAUGAGAAAAUACAAAGAAGACUUGAAACAGUGGUUUCAGACGCUGUCUCCAAAAGAGCAGAAGGAUUACUUGAAAAGGAAACCUAGAAAGCAACAGUAUCUUAAACAAAGCUUGUCAAUCAAAGAAAGGAAUCUUAAACUACCUUCAGACUCAGAAGAUGAAGACAUCGUCUUGAGUGGUGAUGAAGAGGAAAACCUUAUCGAAUCUGAGGUUGAAGAGUCAGAAGAGGAAGAAUGCAGCGACAUGUUUGACAUGUAUGAUUAAUAACAGACAGGUUUUCCCUUGUCAAAUCCAUAACAAUGAUCAAUGGACUGGUUUCUGUCAUGGAAAGCCCAAAGAAAACACAACCUGGGACUCUGUGUAACCAAAGAUCGUCUGACCUGCUGAGAGGCCUGGAUGCGCUAUCGGAAUAUAGGGAUGGACUUAAUGCAAUGGAGGAAAAAGGAAUUUCCCACUUGGUAAACUUUCUUUAGAAAGAAUUAUGUCUCCAUUGUGGACCCAUAAGCCUGUAGUCUUGACUUUGUUCUCAGAUUGUUAAUCAACUUCAGAUUAAAGUGAACACCUUUAAUGGAGCUUUGAAAAAGAUACCUAAAAGAUGAAAGGGAAAAAAAGAUGCAAAUGGUUAAUAUUCUUUGCUUUUUUUAUCUGGACUUUAUUUUAUUUAUAUAUAUCUUUGUGUUAUUCAUUGGGUCAUAUGUUAUAGAUUUGUCCGCUACUAUGCUCAGUGUAAAAAUAAAAUCAUUUUCUUUUCACUA